AUGGCUACAAUUGAAAAAUCUGUGGAUGUCAAAGUGGGAGAUCUUAACAAGACAUUUCGGCUCAACGAUAGUUUUUAUGAUUAUUAUGAUAGAACUUACUCUACUGCAAAGAAAAUUUGGAAAGCAUUGCAGAGUAAAUAUGAUACAGAGGAGGCUGGAGCGAAAAAAUAUGCUGCUAGUAGAUUUUUUCGUUUCCAAAUGGUGGAUAACAAAUCAGUGGUAGACAAAGCUCAAGACUUUAUAAUGAUCGUUGGAGAGCUCAGGUCCGAGGAGAUAAAAAUUGGAGAUAACCUUAUUGUUUAUGGCAUAAUAGAUAAACUUCUACCUUCAUGGAAGGAAUUUCAAAAAACUAUGUGCCACAAACAAAAGGAAACUUCACUUGAGACAUUGAUUAUGCGAAUCCGCAUGGAAGAAGAAGCAAGGGGCCGAGAUGCACUUUUGCAAAUGGAAGAGAGCACCUUACAACCCGUCACAAACAAGGUAAAUUUAAUGACUUCAAAUAAUGCUGCUCCUAAUGCUAACAAAACUACCUCUAUGAAGCCUAAGAAGAAAAUAUUGUGCCCUGAUAUUGCGUAUGCAGUUGGAGUACUUAGCAGGUUUACAAGCAAGCCAAGUAAUGAACAUUGGCAUGCCAUAAUGAGAGUUAUGAAACAUUUGGUUGGUACAAAAUCUUAUGGCUCGAGAGUUAUGAAAUAUCUUGCUGUACUUGAAGGCUUUUCUGAUGUAGAUCGGAACAAUUUAUCUGUUGAUUCCUGUUCUACCACUAGCUAUAUUUUUACUUUGGGAGGUGGUGCUAUUUGUUGGAAAUCAAAAAAUCAAACUAUUAUUACUAACUCUACCAUGGAAGCUGAACUAAUUGCUUUAACUUCAGCUGGUGAAGAAGAGAAUUGGUUAAGAGAUUUAUUAUUUCAAAUACCUUAUUUUGAAAAAUCAAUUCCUCCUAUUUUAAUUCAUUAUGAUAGCACCGCAGCAAUUGGUAGAGUUCAAAAUAGUUAUUACAACGGUAAAUCCAGACCUAUAAGGAGAAAACACAGUACUGUGAGAUCAUAUUUGACAAGUGGUACCAUUAAUGUUUAUUAUGUCAAAUCUUGUGAUAAUCUUGCAGAUCCACUAACGAAGGCCUUGGCAAGAGAAAGGGUCUGGAGCACAUCGAUGGGGAUGGGAUUGAAGCCCAUAAAUUCAUAA